UUCAACCGGGCAAUGAUCCGUACCAGUACCAUCAUCGGGCGAAAGCGGUGAGGUAAUCUUAGCAGUUCGGUAAUGUUGUUGACAAGGCAGCAUGGUGCAUCAUCCAGAAACAUAUAACAUCUCUUUCCAUAAAACACGUUUCAAUUGUCAAACUAGUUUUCAUUGGGAAGGCAGAUAAAACGUUUUUUUUCUUCCAAAAGCAAUCACUUUUGCAUGUGAAAACACAGAAUCCUGCUCAUUGCAUCAUGUUGUUUUGAGCCGAUUUCGCCAUCGGACAGAGCAGGGCAACACAACGGCACCUGGCUCAAGCCCGGGAGGCAGGCCGUUUCCUUAUCGAAUGGGAUCAACUUUCAGCCAGUGAAAAUCAAGCCCGUUUGAGAUUAAUCGAACCUCUCUGUGUUGACAGUGGACCUCCUCGGUGCUACUAACAUAAUGGCUGUUGAUAUAACUUUACUGUUCAAAGCCAGUGUAAAAACAGUCAAAACCCGAAAUAAAGCUAUGGGAGUAGUGUUUGAUUCGCCUAAAGAUGAAAUAUUCAAGAAGAGCAGACCGAAGAAUGGAUUUUCUCUCAAGGCGAAGGAAGUGAGCCUGCUGUGUGUGGACUCAAAAACACUUCUGUCCUUCUCGCGCUCUACUCUGUGGAUGGGAAAUAAUUAGAUCUCCAACAUCACCAAGCUGAAAGACUUUCUACUGCAGCACAGGAAGGACUAUGUGAAUGCUGGAAGUCUCAUCUCAUCAGACCUAACCCGGAUGACAGACAAUGAGCGAGACCAGAUCGACCAGGAUGCCCAGAUCUUCAUGAGAACCUGCUCUGAAGCCAUCAAGCAGCUCCGCUCUGAAGCUGAGAAACAGGUCAUAUCGACCCAGAUUAAAGAGCACAGGGGGGCUGUCCUCGACCUAAUCGAGAUGUAUUUGAAAGGAGUAUGCAAGCUUUAUUCCGAGCAGAGGGCUAUACGAGUGAAGAGAGUGGUAGACAAGAAGAGACUGUCCCGACUAGAGCCAGAGCACCACCACAGUAGGGUGGUGGUGGAGAAAAGCCCACAGGUGGAACAUCACAGCGAGGAGAAAACAUCCAAGGAGGAGAGCAGCAGCGGUGAGCGAAGCGUGAUGGAGGUCCCGGAGAACAAUGUGAGCCUGUGGGAAGAGGGCCAGGGUCGUGUGGAUGACGAGCUCUCACCUGAGGAGAUGCAGAUGUUUGAACAGGAGAACCAGAGGCUGGUGAGUGAGAUGAGCAACCUAGUAGAUGAAGUCAGGCAAAUCGAAGGCAAGGUUGUCGAGAUCUCGCGACUCCAGGAGAUUUUUGCGGAGAAGGUGCUAAUGCAAGAAACUGAGAUAGACAGUAUCCAUCAGCUAGUUGUGGGAGCCACUGAAAACGUCAAAGAGGGAAACGAGGACAUCCGAGAGGCCAUCCAAAACAAUGCUGGAUUCCGUGUCUGGAUUCUCUUCUUCCUCGUCAUGUGCUCCUUCUCUCUGCUCUUCCUGGAUUGGUACGACAGCUAACCCCUUGAACCUGGCAGAACCAGGAAGUAAGUGACUUCCAUCAGCAGGAAGUGACAUCAGCCUGGGCUUAAGUGGUUAUCACAUUGAAGUAUAUGGUUGGAUGGACGAAGUGUUGGGUUUAGGACCAGCUUUUCCUACUCCGAAGAGAACUGACCCCAGACGUGCUUUGAGGACGACUUCACUACUGUCAACCGUACUCGAUCCACUAGAGGACAGUGUAAACGCAUGUUUACAAAUGCAGUAAAGCACACUAUUGGCCGAAUGCAAAGUGCUGUCGUCCACCUGUACUGUGUGUAUAUAUGGGCGAUCAGUAUCACAUUCUGACCACAAUGCUUGUUAUUGCAUCAACAGCAACUGUCCUCUACCGUCUUUCUCAAAGGAAGUAAGUGGUUUUUGAGCUAUUCAUCAUUCUUUGUUUGUAUUGCGGUCUUGACAAUACACAUUGUAGACUUACGCUUUGUUGAGAUGAAGAAAAUGUUUUUUGAAACCCUUAUGGUCUUUCAUAUGUAUUUAUUUCAAUGGUAUGCACAUUUUUGUCGUUUAAGGGAAAAGAUAUGAGAAAACCACAAAAACGUGCAUACCAUUGAAAUAAAUACAUAUGAAAGACCAUCUCAACAAAGCUUAUGUCUACAAUGUGUAUUGUUUAGCUCUUGCAGAUGGAUUAUUUUCAAGAAAGGGUUAUGAGUUACACAGACCAUGUAAGCCUUUAUUUGUGUAAAUAUGGUAGUUAUGAUCAAUCAAUGGGAGUAUUUUUGUUGGUAUAACUCCACUUGGCACUUGCUGCUUGUGUUGAAACCUAGUCCUAAGACAAAUAAAUUGAAGCACUGCUUGUGAAAGAAA